GUUUUUAGUAAGUGGUUACCCCGCACUGACAGAGUCAGCCAUUUUUCUUUCUUGUAUGCGUUGGAGCUCACUUAGUCAAGAUGAGUUCCCUCAAGCUACAGAAGAGGCUUGCAGCCUCUGUUAUGAGAUGCGGUAAAAAGAAAGUAUGGCUUGAUCCAAAUGAGAUCAAUGAGAUUGCAAAUACCAACUCAAGACAGAACAUCCGUAAGAUGAUCAAGGAUGGUCUCGUCAUCAAGAAGCCUGUAGCGGUACACUCACGUGCUCGCGUCCGCAAGAACACAGAGGCCCGCAGAAAGGGACGUCACUGUGGCUUCGGUAAGAGAAGAGGUACUGCUAAUGCCCGUAUGCCCCAGAAGGAACUCUGGGUACAAAGACAAAGGGUUCUCCGUAAACUGCUCCUUAAGUACAGAACAGCCAAGAAGAUCGACAGGCAUCUGUACCACGCCCUGUACAUGAAGGCAAAGGGUAAUGUGUUCAAGAACAAGCGUGUACUUAUGGAGUACAUCCACAGGAAGAAGGCUGAGAAGGCUAGGACUAAGAUGCUUAGUGACCAGGCUGAGGCCCGCCGUAACAAGGUCAAGGAGGCGCGCAAGCGACGUGAAGAGCGUAUCGCCGCCAAGAAGGAGGAGCUGCUGCAGACGUUCGCGCGGGAAGACGAGGCCGCGGUCACAGCCAAGAAGUGAUCGACACUUUGUAAUUAAUUCAAAAAAAUAUGAUCCAAUAAAUUACUUUUUUGGGUC